GAUUCUGUUCGAGCUUCAGGACUGCACUUCAGUUGAGCCAGUGACGCAGUGAGCAGCGUUGCAGACGCGCGCCGCCGCGACUUCACCAGCUUUCGACAUUCGAACUCCGGUCACGUCAGGACAUAGUCGACCCACAGCUCUUCCUCGAGCGCGCAUCGCAAGUUCUCUUGUUCGUAAAAUUUCUCUAAGGGACACCUACCUAUAUUAUUACUGCGGUCACAAUACCGAUGAACUUUUCCGGUCAGUUUCGAUGUGAUUCUUAAGACCCUCCAUACAAAGUGCGCAUUCCGAUGCUUGUUCGUUUAGAAUUGUGCGGCUGAAGAAGUUACGAAUUUUUUCAAUCUCGAGUUCCGCAAAAGUUUUCUAUCUUUCAGACAUUUAUCUUAAAGGACACUUCAAAUAUUUAGAAUUUAUAGUUUAAAAAGUUUUAAAGUGACAAGUGGUCGGAAAGCAAUCAUCGUAACUAGGACAAAUAUUGCUCGCGCCGAUGAUGAUUAGAGGAAGUUCCGAAUCUAUAUCCUGUGUUCUAAAUGCAUUCCAUUGAAACAUGUUCUAAGUGUUCUCAUAGUGCAGUGAAUCCCAGAGUGCUUCUUAAUUUAAUACGCUAUGCACAGCGUGUGUGUGUGAUAUACUGCUAAGUUAAGCAUCCGACUCGAGGGUAACAGUGCCAUGGCCUGGCAUGGAGUGGCGCGGCCCGGCCUGGUGCUCCUUCUCUACGCCCUCUGUUUCUACGCUAAAGGCGCCGCUGCAAAAGCGAUGGCAGAAGUGUCGAUACGAUACGACACGGCGUACGCUUGCGAAGGGAAGAUUUUAAAGAUCGAAUGUAAAGAUGGGGAGCUGAUUAAAUUGAUACGGGCGAACUACGGCCGUUUCUCUAUCACGAUUUGCAACGACCAUGGAAACACCGACUGGAGUGUCAACUGUAUGUCAGCGAAGUCGCUACGAGUCCUACACAGCAGAUGCUCUAUGCAAACGAACUGCACUAUUGAUGUCAACAAUGAUGUAUUUGAUGGAGACCCAUGUCCGGGAACCGUAAAAUACGUCGAGGCUCAUUUUAUGUGUUACGCCACGAUGACGACGACGACAAACAGGCCUAGUCCGCCUUGGUUGAUCACGUCGCAACCUCCCAUGUGGAGCACGAUCAAGACGUCAGCUAGGCCUCCGCCGCCACCACCUCCGAAAGUGAGUACUGUAACGUCUCCACCUCCGAAACCGCCGACGACACCAAGCCUGUCCAUCCACACGUCGACGUCUCUGAAGCCUAUACCCGUCCAGCCCCCAAUAUCAGCAUUAGAUGAUGAUAUUAGGGAGAGGACCAAGGACCGACAAGAGCAGCAGCAGCAAUACGGCAAAGGGGCCGAACUCCCGCAGAAAAUACCAGACGAAAUCACGAGCGUGGCAUUUACCACCGCGCAUCCGAAAAAGUAUACUGUAGAUAGCAGCGCCGUUUCCGCUGUAAAUACGUAUGUGCCGUCUCCUAGCCUCAUCCCAGCUGUUCCUGGCGAUAAUGACCUGGAUUACUGUAGUCCCGUAAUACUGAGGAACAUAUAUUGGAAUUGGACCCGGGCCGGGGAUAUCAGCGUGCAGCCGUGUCCUGGCGGUACGACCGGAUUUGCCCGUUGGAAGUGCAUUAGGACCGAUGCCGAAUCUCAGUGGUCCACACUGACGCCCGAUCUGAGCGAGUGCCGAUCCCUCUGGUUAACUAGCCUAGAGCAACGGAUCUCCUCCGACGAAGAUAAAUUGCUAGCCAUUACCAGUGACCUAGCGAAAGUCACCACCAGCAAGACGCUGUACGGCGGAGACAUGAUGAUCACCACGAAGAUAAUUAAAUCGAUGGCCCACAAGAUGGCAAUGGACAUCCAGACGUUCUCCGACCCCAGACAGCGCGAGGUCAUCGUCACGGAGCUGCUGAGCGAUGUCGUGCGCACAGGAAGCAAUCUGCUGGACUUCUCCCAGCAUCCCUCGUGGCGCGACCUCAGCCAUCAGGAGCAAAUGCGCGUCGCCACGUCUCUGCUAAUCGGAUUAGAGGAGAACGCUUUCCUGCUAGCCGACACGGUGAUGAGGGAAAAAACCGUUGACCAGGUCGUAAAGAACAUAAUGUUGUCCGUGCGUGUGCUGGACACUAAAACAGUUACAACCGAGAGAUUCCCAUCGGCCAAUAAAUGGUCUGCGAGCAAUGACACGAUAGAAUUGCCGCAAGUGCCUUUGCUCGAUAACAGCGACGGUAGUUUGGUGCGGCUGGUUUUCGUCGCGUUCGAUAGACUCGAGGAAAUCCUGCAGUGGCAUCCCGACUCCUCGGAAGCCAAUUCCGGCAAGAAUCUGACCCGCAUACUGAACAGCAAAAUUAUUUCGGCCAGCUUGGGCAAAGGCAGGCACAUCCAGCUCAGGGAACCUGUUAGAUUAACCCUGAGGCAUCUGCAGACCGACAACGUCACCAAUCCCAGCUGCGUUUUCUGGGAUUACACGAGUAACGCGUGGUCAGAGGAAGGAUGCCACGUGGAAGGCACAAACUACACGCACACCACUUGCCUCUGCAACCAUCUGACGAACUUUGCCAUCCUUAUGGACGUCAGAUCGGUGUAUCUGCCUCCGGGCCACCAACUCGCGCUGCAGAUCGUUACCUACGUCGGAUGCAUCAUAUCCGUCAUCUGCCUAAUACUGGCUAUAAUUACAUUCCAAUUAUUCAGGGGGCUGAAGAGCGACCGGACCACCAUCCAUUCAAACUUGUGCGUCUGCCUCCUCAUCGCAGAAGUCCUCUUCCUGGCUGGUAUAGGUAGAACGGAGAAUCAAAUUGCUUGCGGUGUCAUUGCAGCUGUCAUGCAAUACGUAUUCCUCUGCGCAUUCGCUUGGAUGUUCUUCGAAGGCUUCCACCUCUACGUGAUGCUGAUCGAAGUUUUCGAAGCGGAGAAGUCGCGUGUCCGAUGGUACUACAUAAUUGCUUACGGUGCACCUAUGCUGAUUGUAGGCAUCUCGGUUCUGGUGAAUUUUUCGCACGGCUACGGAACAGAACAGUACUGCUGGCUACGUCCAGGCAACCAAUUCAUUUACAGCUUCGUCGUGCCCGUCGGCGCCGUUCUACUGUUCAACCUGAUUUUCCUGCUGAUGGCAAUUACCAAGAUGUGCAGACAUGCCAACGCCACGGUAUCGAUGAAGAACAAGGAGCAGUCGCGACUCGCCAGCACCAGUGGAAAAGAAGAAAAUGCACUUCAAACCAAAAUCCAUGCUCACCUAAGUUGGAUUAAGGGUGCCAUAGUGUUGGUAUUUCUAUUGGGAUUGACUUGGACAUUCGGAUUCCUCUAUUUGGACAAGGAGACAGUCGUCAUGGCAUACAUUUUCGCUAUCCUCAACACGCUGCAAGGAUUUUUCAUUUUCAUCUUCCAUUGCGUUCAGAACGAAAAGGUCCGCAAGGAAUAUCGGAAGUUUAUCAGGAACCACUCGUGGCUGCCGAAAUGCCUACGUUGUUCCAAGCCUAACACGUCUAGCAGCAGCGGUAGCGGCAGCUCAGGUUUAGGCAAGGAAGGUCGCACUAGUUUAUAUGCCGGAUCUAACGGAAACCCGUCCGCUCCUUCCGUGGACAAUGUACUUUCGCCGCAUGGAACAAGUUUACAACGGGAUUGGAAUUCUCGCAGUUGCACCAGUAUGAACCGGGUAGGCAAAGUUACUGUACCCGCUUCUACAAUGGCUGCUACUUUAUGCAGACCACAGAGAAUGGGGGCUGCAGUUGUAGAGCCCCCCAACACCUCUACUCUACCUUACAUUCGUAACUUCUAUAAGCAAUCUGCUGUCAAUGCUAACCUACCUAAGUCUGCUUCUACUUGGGGGCCUCUGCAUAACCCUCUACACUGGAAGAACAUUUCUUUUAAGUCCUACAGUAGGGAUUCUGGCCACGGAGGUUCGGAACAAGAAGAUUCUCCACGAUCUCACGCAAUGCUCACCGAUGGACGAAUGAAUAGCACCAAAGAUACGCGUCGCCAACCAUACAUUUCCGAGUACAACCACGCAAUUGCCAACAAUCUACAAAUGGAAUACGGAAGACGGACCGACUCGUUGCCGCACCCGAAGCAUCUACCGUUGCCGCAGGCUCAUGGGAUGCGCAAGAAGAACGGCAGCCUGCUGAGGGCCACCAGCCCUUGGAACCAUACUUACACCGAGAUACACGAUGCCAGGAUGCAGAGGGGACAGGUACCGGAGGAUGACCCUGUUUACGAGGAGAUCGAACGGAACGAGAUACAGGUGUCCGACAUGAGCGAUGAAGAUGGGAAGAGACAGAGCGACAUGAGUCGACAGUCGUCCAGAUCUUACGGUGACCAUCGACCUCUGAUCCCCUACAGUCCCGCCAACGAUAGAAGCAUACAUUCCUGCCUUGAUGGCCAAAUGGACGUUUACCAAAGUCGUCGAAACAUGUACCGGGGCGAUGCUGCCCGUUCUUUAGCCGCCGUCUUGGAUGGCGAAACCGUCGUGUGCCAUCUCGAACCUCCCGACAUUUAUCCUCACGACCCUUACAACGCUCGGACUCUCGUCCUGCCACAAUAUGGGGACAGUUAAGAACCUGCAUUUGCAAGUGUAUAUCUGUGAUUCCUUGAUCAAACUUUCGGUCAUAGUAAUUAUAAGUAAGCUCAGAGAAUGAAUGAUUUGAUUGGAAAGUGAUAAUUUUAUAGUAAUGAACUAUUUUAUUAAGAAAAAAAUAAUAAAACAAAAAGAGAAACGGUAAUGAAGAAAGAAGAAACACGCACUAGUAUGAUAUAUCUAUAUCAAAGGAGAAGAGAACGAGGAAGGCGUAGACGAAGAAGAAAAAAGGUGAAUAAGACGAAAAAAAUAAAUAUAUAUAUAUACGAGUAGUCUAUUACGAGAUGUGAGUAAUUCGAGUCAUUACUAUUUAUACAUAUAUAUUUUUUUGCCCUUUUGUAUUAUUCUUUAAAACGAUAUAAAAAACUCGUAGCUGUUUUCACUGGAUUCUCGGGCUCUCAAAUGGACAAUUGAAUGAGACGAUUUGAGCCCUAGAGUGAUAUUACAUAGUAUUUAAGAUGUUUAGUGAAAGAGAAGAAGAAGAAGAAGAAAAAAAUAAUAAGAAAUCGCGUCAAUGUAUAUUAUUAACGAUCAUCUAUCUAUAAAAGAACAUAUUUAAAGAAGCAGAUUUAAGAAUUAAGGUGUAUCCGGAGGAGGGUGUGUGUUUCUGUAAUUGAUAAAUACUGUUGUCACCAAUUCGGAUACCGAUAUCUAUUCAACCUCCCCCGACUGUAAUCUCUCCAUCUCUAUGCAUGUAUGUAACUUUUCCAAAAGUCCCAGUUAACAUUGGCCCCCUAUUUAUUGUACGUAUAUACACUAAGAGAAUGAAAACGAUAAUUAAUUUAUUAUUAGUACCUUUUCCGCCAUCAAAGUUACUGGGUCUUGAUUACAUUAGUGCUUUUUGAGGAAAUUAACGUGGAAAAGAAAAAAAAGGUAGCCUGCACGAAUAAAAUGAAUUCAAUUGUAUAUACAGUAUAAAUA